AGUUGGGAACGUAUGAAAUUAGGUUUUGCAAUGUGUAUUGGACAAGACAUGGGAAUGGACACAGAGAACCAGAACAGCGAAGUUUAGCUCAUGUUUGUAUUUUCUUUUAUUCUCCGCAUUGCCAGUUUGCGAUUGUUUCAUCAAUUACAAUAGCAAACAAUACGCCUAAAGAAAAGAGUGAGCGCGAGGGCAUCAUCACCACCAGCAAUGAAGUUGAAUAUUGAAGGGCUGCUGGUCUACUUCCCCUAUGACUACAUCUACCCUGAGCAGUACUCCUACAUGUUGGAGCUGAAGAGGACUCUGGAUGCGAAGGGACAUGGGGUCCUGGAAAUGCCCUCAGGAACAGGGAAAACCAUAUCUCUUCUUUCUCUGAUCGUUGCCUACCAGCGGGAGUAUCCACUGGAGGUGACCAAGCUGAUCUACUGCUCUCGAACUGUGCCUGAGAUAGAGAAGGUUGUGGAGGAGCUGAGGAAGCUGAUGGAGUUCUAUGCAAAGGAGACGGGAGAGAAGAAUAACUUCCUGGCCCUGGCCCUCUCUUCUCGGAAGAACCUGUGUAUCCAUCCUGAGGUGAGCUCCCUGCGCUUGGGUAAGGAGGUGGAUGGGAAAUGUCACUGCCUGACGGCCUCGUAUGUCCGCGCCCAGCACCAGAUCAACCCCAGCGUGCCCACCUGCCGCUGGUAUGAGGAGUUUGACUCCGUUGGGAGGCAGGUUCCUAUCCCCCCCGGGAUCUACAACCUGGAUGACCUGAAAGCUUUUGGCAGGAGGAAAGGCGUGUGUCCGUACUUCUUGGCACGGCAUUCGAUACUCCACGCUAACGUUGUAGUCUACAGUUACCACUAUCUUCUGGACCCCAAAAUUGCAGACGUGGUCUCCAAAGAGCUGGCCAAAACAUCUGUGGUGGUUUUUGAUGAGGCGCACAACAUCGACAACGUGUGCAUCGACUCCAUGAGUGUGAACAUCACCAGGAGGACCUUGGACCGCAGCCAGGCCAACAUGGAGACCCUGCAGAACACCAUUCAGAAAAUAAAGGAGACUGAUGCUGCUAAACUGAAAGAGGAAUACAGGCGAUUGGUGGAAGGCCUGAAGGAAGCCAACGUCGCCCGGGAAACUGAUGUCUACCUGUCCAAUCCUGUCUUACCUGAUGAAAUUUUGCAAGAGGCCGUCCCCGGCAGCAUCCGAACAGCAGAGCACUUUGUGGGCUUCAUGAAGCGCUUCCUGGAGUACCUGAAGUCCCGGCUGCGGAUUCAGCACGUGGUGCAGGAGAGCGCCCCCCAGUUCCUCAAAGACAUCUUUGAGAAGGUGUGCAUCGACCGCAAGCCCCUCCGAUUUUGUGCUGAGAGGCUGCGCUCGCUGCUACGGACCCUUGAGAUCGCUGACAUCACAGAUUUCUCCGCCAUCACUCUCAUAUCAAACUUCGCCACUUUGGUCAGCACGUACAGCACAGGUUUUACCAUCAUCAUAGAGCCUUUUGAGGAUAAGACCCCAACCAUCGCUAACCCUGUGCUGCACUUCAGCUGUAUGGACCCUUCCAUUGCCAUCAAGCCUGUGUUUCAACGCUUCCAAUCUGUUGUCAUCACCUCCGGGACACUUUCACCUCUGGACAUCUAUCCCCGAAUCCUCGACUUCCGGCCGGUUACCAUGGCGUCCUUCACCAUGACUCUGGCACGCACCUGCUUGUGUCCCCUUAUCGUGGGCCGAGGGAAUGACCAGGUGGCGAUAAGCUCCAAGUUUGAGACACGGGAGGAUUUCGCCGUCAUACGUAACUAUGGCAACCUGCUCCUGGAACUCUCGGCCAUCGUGCCCGACGGCAUUGUGGCGUUCUUCACCAGCUACCUGUACAUGGAGAAUAUAGUGGCCUCCUGGUACGAACAGGGGAUCCUGGAGAACGUUCAGAGGAACAAGCUCAUCUUCAUCGAGACGCCCGACGCUGCAGAGACCAGUAUGGCCCUGGAGAAGUACCAGGAGGCUUGUGAGAAUGGCCGUGGGGCCAUCCUUCUCUCGGUGGCCAGGGGGAAAGUGUCAGAAGGGAUUGACUUUGUGCACCACUAUGGGCGUGCAGUGAUCAUGUUCGGAGUGCCCUAUGUCUACACACAGAGCCGCAUUCUCAAGGCCCGGCUGGAGUACCUGCGGGACCAGUUCCAGAUCCGUGAGAACGACUUCCUGACGUUCGACGCCAUGCGGCACGCGGCACAGUGUGUGGGCCGGGCCAUCCGGGGGAAGACCGACUACGGCCUGAUGAUCUUCGCCGACAAGCGAUACGCCCGCGCGGAUAAGAGGGGGAAGCUCCCGCGCUGGAUCCAGGAGCACAUCAGCGACGGCAGCCUGAACCUGACCAUCGACGAGGCCGUGCAGCUGUCCAAGCACUUCCUCCGGCAGAUGGCCCAGCCCUUCAGGAGGGAGGACCAGCUGGGGCUCUCUCUGCUCACCCUGAACCAGCUGCAGUCAGAGGAAAUGCUCCAGAAGAUCGCGCAGAUGGCCCACCAGGUGUGAGGGGCCCUCCGUCCCCACCUACAGGCCUUGUCACAGCGCCUCCUGCUGACUCACAACUGCAACUGCAAUUCCAGUGUACAUAUACACACUUCAAUUAGUUGUAUUGUGUAUAAUUCCUGACCGAUGUAUGAAUAAACAUUAAAAUUUUUAUUGUUCUGUACUAAA